UGCUUUACUUUUUUCCUUCCAGCGGAUCGUUGUAAAGAAGUACAGCAGAUCCGAGAGCAGCAUCCAAACAAAAUCCCGGUCAUCAUUGAACGCUAUAAAGGAGAGAAGCAGCUGCCAGUGCUGGACAAGACCAAGUUCCUUGUCCCAGACCAUGUCAACAUGAGUGAAUUGGUCAAAAUAAUCCGGCGCCGCUUGCAACUGAAUCCCACCCAGGCUUUCUUCCUGCUGGUGAACCAGCACAGUAUGGUGAGUGUGUCUACUCCCAUCUCAGAGAUCUACGAGCAGGAGAAGGAUGAGGAUGGCUUCCUCUACAUGGUCUACGCUUCCCAGGAGACCUUUGGCUACUGAGGCCUGCCGAGAGGUGGCACGUGGAGACAGAUUAACUGUGGCACAUGUGCUCCCGGCCCUGGGAGACAACAACCGGAGGCUCAUGAGAGGGGGACAGUGCUGACUCCCUAUCUCUCCCUCCUUCCUCUUCCCAUCACCCUCUCACCAAAGAGGCUCAUGGCGUGUGUUGGACUCGCACAACCCUUCACUUCUGUGUAGAUUAGCCCCGCUCCAUCCACGCACGUGUGUGUGCAUAUACAUACAGGCACCCAGGCACACACAUCAGGCCUCGGCUUCCCAUCCCAUCCCCUUGGCGUAACCUCCUGCUGCUCUCGCUGUGCUGUGUGUGCGUGUGUGUGUGUUCCUAGCCUGCUGCCAAAACAGUUUGGCUGCUGGUGGAGAGAGGACAGGACGCUGUCACCUUCACUUUCAGUACAAGAAGAGCUGCCUCCUCCUUCCAGACUCUAAUAAAGGGCAGAAAGUCUGCAAAAACAACAAAUGUAAUCAUUGCUCCUGAGUUUUAAUUGAUUUUAAUUACACCCAUAUCAGAUUCUUGGUGCUACUGAGUAGAUGUAGGCGUCUCUGUAUGACUGUGGAUAAUGUAUAUCCUUUAGAUUUGUUUUAUCGGUUUGUUUGUGUUUUUUGUUUGGUUUUGUUUUUGAGGGACAGGUUGGAAUGGGGAGUGGGGUAAUCUUUCCUGUAUUCUGUAGGGCGGUCAAUCAAGCUUUGUUGCACUUUAAGGCAUAGUAGAUGUCAGAAUGGAACUUACUUUUUAAUUUAUACAGGUUUGCCAUAUUUAGUGCUGCUCCUCUGAUGACAGUUGUACCUAGAUUGUCUUUCUUUUUUUUUUAAAUAAAAAUUAUUUCCCUUCUCUCUGUCUCCCCAUUGCAUGCAGUCUUUCAGUCUCAGUGUGGCAAAGAGUUUGCUCAAGGAAUGUAUGGAUUUGUAUUUGCUAUGUUCCCGUUCCAGUUUUUCAUGUAUUAUACCAGAAAAAUGUAUAUGAUAAAAUUCCACCCAGUUUAAUCUAUACAAAGGUAUAUAUAUAUAUAAUAAAUAUACAUUCAAGUUG